AUGGCCAGACAGGGCAAAGGACAGCGUCAGCAACGGCAACAGCAACUGGAGAACUGCUUUAUCGACGCUAUACUUUCACGUGGAAAAACUGACUCGGCUAGCUCCAGGAAUGCCACCAGCCACAGCAGCACCAGCGGUGGCCGAGGCGGCGCUGGCAAGCAACGUAAGACCCCAGCACCGGCCACGCUCGAGGAUUUCAUCAUCAAAAGGGACUACACGGGAGCCAGGGCAUUCCUCGAAUACACCAACGACGACGAUGACGAGGAAGAGAAUGAGAAUGAGGCGGGAGAGGGAGCAGCGGCAACUGGUUUAAAGCAACGACAAGUGGAUCAAUGGAUUGCCUUUUGUAAUUUCCAUUUGGGGGACUAUCAGCAGGCCCUCACGCAAUACAAAGCCAUACAAACGAGUGAAAAGACGAAUGUGGAACUCAAUCUGGCCGUUUGCAUGUUCUAUUUGGGUCUCUACGAGGAAGCCCAUCAACUAGUGUCGCAUAUAACCGAGGAGAAUAAUCCACUCAAGCAGCGUUUACUCUUCCAUUUGGUGCACAAAUUGGGCAGCGUUGAAGAGUGGGCCGAGCUGCACGAUGAUCUGGAGAAUUCGUCGAGUGUGGAACAGCAACUGAGUCUCGCUUCGAUGCAUUACCUGCGGGCACACUACCAGGAGGCCAUCGAUGUGUACAAGCGCGUGCUGGUCGACAACAAGGACUACAUGGCCAUCAAUGUGUAUCUGGCGUUGUGUUUCUACAAAUUGGACUACUACGACAUGUCCCAGGAGGUGCUCGAUGUGUAUCUCAGUCAGCAUCCGGACAGCACCAUUGCCAUCAAUCUGAAGGCCUGCAAUCGCUUUCGCUUAUUCAAUGGUCGUGUGGCCGAACAGGAGAUUAAAAAUAUCGCAGAUAAUGGCACCUUUGGUGCGGAUCUUUUGCGUCACAAUCUGGUCGUGUUUCGGAAUGGUGAAGGGGCCCUGCGGGUCCUGCCAGCACUGCUUAAUAUUGUGCCAGAAGCGAGACUAAAUCUGGCUAUUUACUACCUGAAACAGGGAGAUGUGCAGGAGGCACAUGCCUUGAUGAAAGAACUGCAACCCACAUCGCCACAUGAAUACAUACUCAAGGGUGUGGUGCAUGCCGCAUUGGGACAACAGCUGGGUUCGAAAGAACACAUCAAAACCGCUCAACAGAAUCUCCAUUUGGUUGGCAGUUCGGCCACAGAAUGUGACACAAUACCGGGACGUCAGAGCAUGGCCUCUGCCUUUUUUCUGUACCAACAAUUCGAGGAGGUUCUCGUGUACAUGAACUCCAUCAGAAGUUACUUUGUCAACGACGAUGUUUUCAACUAUAAUUUUGCGCAGGCCAAAUGCGCCACGGGCUACUACAAGGAGGCCGAGGAGUUGCUAAUGCAAAUCACCGAUAUGGAUAUCAAGAAUCAGCACACAUACUGCAUGAUCCUGGCCAAGUGCCACAUUCAUUGCUCACAUCCGGAACUCGCUUGGAAUGUUUUCAUCACGCGGGACACAAAUGCAGAGGCCUUUCUGCUGCUGCAACUGAUUGCCAAUGAGUGCUACAAAUGCGAGGAGUUCUGGGUGGCUGCCAAGGCAUUCGAUAUGCUCGAAAAACUCGAUCCUAGUCCAGAGAAUUGGGAGGGUAAGCGUGGUGCCUGUGCGGGUGUCUUGUAUGCCAUGGCCACGAAGGCACAUCGCGGACGCCCAGGCGGUGGCAUAUCCGAGGUUAUUGGCAUUCUGAGGGAAUCAUCGAAUUCUCAGGCAGAGGCCAUGAUCAAAACUAUACGUAAACAUAUAAGUAAUUUCAAAUAAAU